AUGGGGAAGAAAGGAGGCAAGAAAGGGAAAGGGCUCCCGAACCUCAGCGAUGACGAGGACGUCCCGGAUCCGAUCGCCGCCGGCGGUGGCGGCGGCGGAGGCGGCGGCGGAGGCCCGAAGAAGAACAAGAAGGGCAAGCGAAGAGGGGACGCGAGCUCGGACGAGGACGACGCGCCGCCCGCGAAAGCGCCGCCGGGGAAGACCGCCGCCGCCGCGGACGACGACGACGACGCCCCCGCGCUGUCGCGAGCGCAGAAGCGCAAGGACAAGAAGAACAAGAAGGGAGGCAAGGGCGGAGGCGGAGGGAAAGGCGGCUUCGACGACGACGACGACGACGACGACGAUCUCCUCGCGCUCGCCGCGAUGGGAGGCGGCGGCGGCGGCGGCGGCGGCGGCUCGGACGACUCCGAGGACGAGCCCCCCGCGUUCAAACCGCCGGCGAAGAACAACCAAAAGAAAGGAGGGAAGGGCGGCGGCGGCGCGGCCGGGUUCGCCGCGCUCAUGGGCGGCGACUCGGACGAAGACGCCUCCGAGCCGGAGCCCGAGCCGGAGUCCGACUCCGACGGCGACGCCGCGCCCGCGCGCGGCGGCGGCGGCGCCGCCGCGGGGUUCGCCGCGCUCAUGGGCGGCGACUCAGACGAAGACGACGACGGCGCCGAAGAGGAGCUGGAGCCGGAGCCGGAGCCGGAGCCCGAGCCGGAGCCCGAGCCGGAGCCCGACGUUCUCGUGAAGAAAAAGAAGAAAAAGAAGGGAGGCUUCGACGCGCUCGCGCUCGAGGACGACGAGCCCGAGCCCGAGCCCGAGCCCGAGCCCGAGCCCGAGCCGCCCGCGGCGCCGCCCGCGGGCGACGACGGCAGCGACGACGAGCCGCUCCUCCUCGUGAAGAAGAAGAAGAAGAAGAAGCCGCUCGAUUUGAGCGCGCUGACCGGGGAGGACGAACCCGCGGCGGCGGCGGCGGCGGCGGAGCCGGGGUUGAUCAUCGCGGAGGUGACCGAGUGCGCGCCGCAUCCGAUGGCGGACAAGCUCACGAUCUGCCAGGUCGACGUGGGCGACGGCGAGCCGCUUCGCGUCGUGUGCGGCGCCCCCAACGUCCGCGCCGGUCUGAAGGUGAUCUUCGCGCGCGUCGGCGUCGUCGUUCCGAGCACCGGGGCGAAGCUCGCGAAGACGCCGCUGCGCGGGGUCAUGUCGGAAGGGAUGAUUCUCUCCGCCGCGGAGAUGGGGUGGAUGCCGAAGGCGGUCGGGAUCAUCGAGUGCCCGAAGAAAGCGCCGGUCGGGGAGCCCGCGCCCUUGGACCCGCCGCCGGACCUCGCGAUGGCGGACCCCGCGGCGAAGAAGAAGAAGAGCAAGGACAAGGACGGGAAGGAGAAGAAGGAGAAGAAGGAGAAGAAGGAGAAGGAGAGAGAACGCUCGCCGACGCAGGAGGCGGAGGCGGAGGCGCCGCCCGCGGAGCUCGUCCUCGGGAAGAAGAAGAAGAAGAAGGCCGCGCCGGAGCCCGAGCCCGAGCCGGAGCCGGAGCCGGAGCCCGAGCCGGAGCCGGAGCCGGAGCCCGAGCCGGAGCCGGAGCCGGAGCCCGAGCCGACGGCCAAGGAGGAAAAGACGAAGAAGAAGAAAAAGAAGGGCGGCGCCAAGGAGGAGGAGAAGACCGGGGACGACGACCUCGACGCGCUGUUCGCGGAGCUCGGGAUCGAGAAGAAGGAGGAGGACGCCGGAGGCGGCGAGUCCAAGGCUGCGAAGAAGCGGCGCGAGAAGAAGGAGCGCGAGGCGGCGGCGGCGGCGGCGGCGGCGGCGGGCGAGGGCGGCGGCGCCGCGGCGGACGGCGCGGAUGAUGGCGGCGCGGCGGGCGGCGCGGAGGAAGGCGAGAGCGUCUGGGAGAAACAGCUCGAGGAGCUCGAAGCGCUGCAGGCGUCCGGGGAGAAGCUCAACGACUCGCAGAAGAAUAAGCUCAAGAAGCUCAAGAAGAAGGCGAAGGAGAAGGAGGCGAAGGACGCGAAGGGCGGCGCCCCCGGCUCUGGCUCGAAAUCGGGCGCCGGGAAGCCGUCCGCCGCGGUGCUCAGGAUGCAAGAGCAGAUUCGUCUCCGCGAGGAAGCCGAGGCCGCGGCCGCCGCCGCGGAGGCGGAGCGGAUCGCGCAGGAGGAGGCCGAGGAAGCCGCUGCCGCCGCGGCCGCCGCGGAGGCGGAGGCGAAGCGCCUCGCGAAGAAAGAGCGCGAGCGUCUGAAGAAGGAGCAGCUGAAGAAGGAAGGGAAGCUCCUGACCGGGAAGCAAAAAGAGGAGCAACGGCGGUUGGAAGCGAUGCGCGCGCAGAUCCUGCAGAACUCCGGGUCGUCCGGUAACCUCGCCGCGGACGACGACGGCGACGGCGAGCUCAGGCGCUCCGUCGUCGUGGACGACCGCAAGAAGAAGAAGGAGCUGUUCGAGCAGCGUAAAGCCGAGGCGAUCGCGCGCAAAGCCGCGGAGGAAGAGGCGGCGAUAAAAAAAUUGCAGGAGGACAAAGCCGCGGCCGCGGCCGCGGAAGCCGCCGCGAAGGCUGCGGCUGCCGCGGAGGAGAGCGACGACGCGGAGGACGACUGGGACGCCGUGGACGACCUCGACGCGCUCGUGAAGAUCCCGAACAAGGCGGAGGAGGAGAGGAAAGCGAAAGAGGCGGCCGAGCGCGAAGCCGCGCGACUCGCCCUCGACGCGGAGAAGAAGCGCAAGGCGGCGGAAGAGGCCAAGGCGGCGAAAGCGACGGCGAAGCCCGCGCCGGGGAGCGGCGGUAAGGGCGAGAAGCCGUGGGCCGCGGCCGCGAGAGCGAAAGCGGAAGCCGCGAAAGCCGCGAACGCGGAGGCCUCGGAUUCCGACUCCGAGAGCGGCUCGGAUUCCGACGCGUCCGGUUCCGAUUCCGACGCGUCCGGCUCGGACAGCGACAGCGACAGCGACAGCGACAGCGACAGCAGCGACUACAGCUCGUCGGACUACACCUCGAGCGAGGAAGACUCCGACGACGAGCGCGAGCGUUUACACCGGGAGAAGAUGCAGGUCGCGAAGACAGCGCGUCUGGCGCGGUUCGAAGCGAUCAAGGCGGCGAGGUCCGCGGAUCGCCUGCGGUGCCCGAUCAUCUGUAUCCUCGGGCACGUCGACACCGGGAAGACGAAGAUCCUCGAUAACAUCCGUCGCACGAACGUUCAGGACGGCGAGGCUGGCGGGAUCACGCAGCAGAUCGGCGCGACGUUCAUCCCGGACACCGCGAUUCGCGACCGGACGUUUCAGCUCAACAAGGGCGAGCUCAAGCUCGACGUCCCGGGUCUCCUCGUCAUCGACACCCCCGGGCACGAGUCGUUCACGAACCUCCGCUCGCGCGGAUCGUCUUUAUGCGACCUCGCGAUCCUCGUCGUGGACAUCAUGCACGGCCUGGAGCCGCAGACGCUGGAGUCGCUGAACAUGCUGCGGAUGCGAAAGACGCCGUUCAUCAUCGCGCUGAACAAAAUCGACAGGAUGUUCGACUGGGACGCGAAAGCCGACUUCCCCACCCGGGAAACGCUCGCGCUUCAGAAACAGCACGCGCGCGCGGAGUUCGAGGACCGCGCGAAGAAGGUCAUGCUCGAGUUCGCGAACGAGGGCUUGAACGCGGCGAUAUAUUGGGACAACCCGGACGUGCGGAAGUUCAUCAACGUCGUCCCGACGUCCGCGAUCACGGGCGAGGGCAUUCCCGACAUGAUCCACACGCUCGUGGACCUGACGCAGACGAGGAUGAACGAACGCCUUCGGUUCUUCGACGCGGUGCAGUGCACAGUCCUCGAGGUGAAGAUGCUCGAGGGUUUGGGGACCGCGAUGGACGUCAUCCUCAUCAACGGCACGCUUCGGGAGGGAGACACGAUCGUCGUCGCCGGGCUGCAAGGCGCGAUCGUGACGACGAUCAGAGCGCUUCUCACGCCGCAGCCGAUGCGAGAGAUGCGCGUGAAGGCGAACUACGUGCACCACAAGGAAAUCUCCGCGGCGAUGGGGAUCAAGAUCGUCGCGAACGGACUCGAGCAAGCGAUCGCGGGGACCUCGAUGCUCGUGCAGAACAAAGAGGACGACCUCGACGAGCUCAAGGACGAGGUGUUGUCCGACAUGAAGAACGUCUUCUCGCGGGUGGACAAGAGCGGCGAGGGCGUGUACGUGCAAGCGUCCACGCUCGGGUCGUUGGAAGCGCUGUUGGAGUUCUUAAAGUCCGACGCGGUGAAGAUCCCCGUCGCCGGGAUCGCGAUCGGGCCGGUGAACAAACGCGACGUCAUGGGCGCGUCGGUGAUGCACGAGCGGAAGCGACCGGAAUUCGCCACGAUUCUCGCGUUCGACGUGAAAGUCACGGAAGAGGCGACGCGGAUGGCGAACGAGCUCAACGUCAAGGUGUUCACCGCGGACAUCAUAUACCACCUGUUCGAUCAGUUCACCGCGUACAUGGCGGAGAUCAAGGCGAAGAAGAAAGCCGCCGCCGCGGAGCACGUGUCCUUCCCGUGCGUGCUCAAGAUCAUGCCCAACUGCAUCUUCAACAAGCGCGACCCGAUCAUCGUGGGCGUGGACAUCGUGAAAGGCAUCGCGCGCAUCGGGACGCAGCUGUGCAUUCCCUCGCAGGGGUUCAUCGACAUCGGUAAGAUCGCGGGCAUGGAGAGGGACCACAAGCAGGUGGACAAGGCGACGCCGGGGCAGUCGGUGGCGAUGAAGAUUCAACCCGUCAGCGCUGCGGAGAGCAGCCGACUGUACGGGCGGCAUUUCGAUCACAAAGACGAGCUCGUGAGCCGGAUCACGCGCGAGUCGAUCGACAUGCUGAAGGAGAACUUCAGGGACGAGCUCGGGAAGGAGGACUGGCGGUUGGUCGUCGAGCUGAAGAAGAAGUUCGAGAACCACUACGGCGAACCCAUGUGA